CAAAAUACCAGUUAAUGUACUGCUAUGGCGGCCAAAACAAACUUUCUAAUUUUGUAUUUGUUUUCAUAUAUUGAUUGCGUUUGAUAAGUAUUUGAAGAUUUAGGUAUUAUUUGACUUGUUAGUGUCAGUCCAUGGAAAUGGUCAUGAUGAAUCAUGCUGCUUGCACCAGCAGCUGGGAACCCAUUGGGCACUCGGUCACACCCACAGUACCGUUCCCCAGUGACCACGGGGCCGUUUCUGAGUACGAAAUCCUCAACCUGCCUUACAAACCUCACUCCGACUUCCAGCCCACGGAAACACUGGAGGAUGAAGUUGUCCCCCUUUGCAGAGCACCAUUGCCAUGGAAACUGUCGUCCACAUUUGGGAUUCUGUCUGACCCAACGUUAUGUGUCACUCCAGAGAAAUCGCGUGAAUCUGGUCCCGUGAAUACAAUGUCUUCAUGCAGCGCUUCUGAAAAAAUAUUAAGACCAUCCUCGCCAGGUGUUUAUCACCCAGACCCUGCCCUUGCGCUCACUCCAGAAUUGUCUGUUAAAACUGUAUCCAAAACAGCUGACGCAAGAUGGAAAGAAAAGGACAGGAAGUGUAAAGCAGCUUUAAAAAGUAAUCUUUGUGUAAAUAAGAACCGCUUAGAAAAUCGGGACGAUGUGAAAUUAAAACAAAAAGUUCGGUUUGACAUUGAUACGUCCGAGUCGAUGGAGUCCGAUUUAGAGAAUUAUUAUCCCGAGAUGAGUAUAUCGAAAUCACCGAGCAAGAUUUAUCAACCAUUGUUAUAUUCAGAUUCUAAGGAUGGUGACGAUAAUCAAAAUACAAAUAUGUUUGAUUUCACGGACACGUCCAGGACUAUUAAGUAUCGGGUGUAUAAUUCUAACGAGGACCACACUUCUAGAAAAAAGACGGACGGUUUUUGUAGUGUUAAGGACAUGUCAGAUCAAAUCAAGAUGGAUUCUCAUGUCACUGGUACGACUGGUAUUCCAUCAACUUCUGAACUUGACGAAAAUGUGAAACCGAGAACUGUUACCUACAGAACUUCGACUGAAAGCCGGUCCAUUAGAGAACCGAUUACUACUGUCCCGUCGCAACACGAUGGUGGAAUUUCUGUCUCGAGCAAACCAAAACGGAAAGUCGUAGUUACGAGAGAGUUCGAAGAAAGACCCCCGAUCGAGGAUUACCAGUUCCCAUUUUCCGAUGACGACAGUAUCAGUGCGGUGGCUGACAUUGACGGAGAAUGCGAGCACGUGUUUGCUCGACCUGAAUAUAACAGGACCCUGAAACUUGCCACGGAGCUGCGGGUGGUGAAGGAGAGUCGACCGGACGUCGUGACGGUUCUACACAAGACGCUGAGCAACUCGGAGGAAAAGAGAGCCGAGAUCAAUGAGAAGGCCGCCUCUAAAGUGAACAUUCCAUGGGACCAGCUAUCGGGUCUGGUCAGUGUGGAAGUGCCAGCUGAUGAAAUCUGUCAAGUAGAAAAGGAGAUUUCUCAAAAGGCGAAGAUUGUGAAGCAGAAAGUCUCGUCCAAACCAAAGCCUCAAAAGAAUGAGAGAGAGCCUGACCUUCUUGAGUUUUUUACACCUGACCUGCAGAGAGAGCUACCAGACUUUAGUCAGCCAGGACUGACCAAACCGAAAACACACCUGACCACCGCAUCUCACGAUUCCGCCUUCGAUCUCUAUCGGCAUAACCGAGUGUGGGAGGGAAUUGUCAGGAAAUAGUGAUAUCUACAUCAGCAUAGCCGUGUGUGGGAGGGAAUUGUCAGGAAAUAGUGGUGUCUGCAUUAGCAUCAUUGAGAGUGGGAGGGUUUUACCAAGAUGUAAUGAUAUGAACCGAUAUGUGACAUCUCUUUUGAUCUCGACAUAUCCGAGUGUGGGAGGGAAAUUGCCAAGAAGUGUGGUUUAGCCAUUUUUGAGAUAAAGUUAUUUACUUAAAUUAUUAAUUUAAGAAAACUUUUAUUAGCCAAACACUAAAUUAUGUAGCCACUUUGUAUAAAAAUUAGCAUUUGCAAGGCUUGGACUUAACGACGGCACUGGCGGCAGUUGCCGUCGUUGAGAUAUAAAUUGCUGUAGGUCGGGAGCAUCACCGAUGGUACAAAAGUGCCAACGGUAAACCUCCUCAAUGAUACUGAUAGCAAAAUGUUUACACCUGGAAUACAUUAGCUGCCAGUAUAUAACAUUAGUACAUUUAAAAUGUGUCUACAUACAGCAAAAUAACCUUUCAGUCUUAUUUAUUUGCUGCAAAAGUCUUCUCUUUUUUUCAGUUGCCAUGGGCAGGCUUUUUAAAUUGCCAUCGGUGAGCCAUUUCACCCACAGCAAUUUUGUUUUUAUAUUGCUGUGGGAGACCAAUUCUCAAUUUCGAGCCCUGCAUUUGGGUAAUAUGGCCAAGGACAGGGUGAGCCUUGAAGAAGUAAUUUUACGAACUAUAUGUGACAUCACUUUUGAUCUGUAUGGGCAUGGCUGAGUUUGGGAGGGAAUUGCCAGGAAAUAGUGAACUGAAUUGAAAUCAUGUGAUGUCACUUUUCAUCUACAUUGACAUAACCAAGUGUUGGAGGGGUUUGCCAAGAAGUAAUGAUAUGCACUCCUGUCACGUGACAUCACUUUUGAUCUGUAUUGGCAUAACAGAUUUUGGGAGGGAAUGUCAGGAAAUGGUGAUAUAAUUGAUAUUAUGUGAUCUAACUUUAUAUAUUUACAGUGAAACCUGUCUAAACCGGACCUUGUACAAACCGGAAUCCUGUGAAAACCUACCAAGUCUCAUGGUCCAGAAUAUUGUAAAUACUAAAACGUGACCCUCUUAACUCCGGAUCCUGUAUAAAUCUGAUCAGUCAUGGGUCCCUAGCGCGAUCCGGUUUAGACUGGUUUCACUGUAUGUGUACAUGAUCGGGAUAGCAGAGAAUGGGAGGGAUUUACAAAGGAGUAAAAAGUAAAGUUUGUUUUAUUUAAUGACGCCACUAGAGCACAUUGAUUUUUGUAUCUUAUCAUCGGCUAUUGGACGUCAAACAUAUGGUCAUUCUAACACUGAUUUUUCAGAGGAAACCCG